GAUGUGGGGGCCUUUUUGUUUCCAAGCUGACAGUUGACAUCUCUGUGGGAGGAAGCUCUGAUGUUCAUUUUCCCCCUUGCGAGUGUUUAUAAAAGUGCAUGUUGUGGUGAGCUAUAGGUAUUACGCAUCAGACUUGAAUGAGAGAAGAUGAGGUCGAUAUCACCACUACUGUGCCUGGCUACAAUGCUGCUCAGUUAUGUCACCUGCCAAAUUAUUGGCUGUUCAACCUGCCCUUGUCUCAAGACAUCAGACACAGUUUUACGCCUGGAAAAUAUCACAAAUUACAAGCGACAUACAGCAGGCGUUUGCCAUAUUGAUGCCAUUGAAUUUAAAACAGUCAAAGGCUUUACUGUUUGUUCCAAUCCACAAAAGCCUUGGGUCAGGAGAGCCAUGAAAUUCGUGGACAAGAAGAGGAAAGCAAAUGAAAUGACAGCACGUCCCAUAAACUCCACUUUACCCUUUAAAACAGCAUCUACACAGAAUACAACAUCAAGAGGGUGGACUACGAACCACAUGUCCUAAACUAUGCAAAUUAUUUAACAUGUAAUCUACAUGUCUGUAAUUUGUGCUGUAUAUAUUGUAACUGGUUAGUUAAGAAUAUAUUCCUCUGUAUGUGUAUUAUUAUUAUUAUUUUUUAUUUUUUUUUUUACAACUGAGCGUUUUGUCCAGUGUGGCUAAUAACCAAUAAACAUGUAAGUGACUGUAUUUAUAUACUGUGUGUAACAGAGGUACAACUGAACUUGAAGUUCAAAAUUUAUUUUUUCACUAAAGAUAUAAUGGUGUUGAAAAUAACCUCUUCCUCAAUUAAAGCAAAACAAAACAAAACAAUUAAAUGGAU